AGCAUAUUCUAGGAAGCAAUGCAUUGUAUAGAAAGCUUAAACCAUGUGCAUACGGUUAUUGUUGAAACGACUGAAAAAGGAAUGGCACUGUCAAGUUUUAACUCUGCAAUCCUGGGAAGGCCUGAAUGCUCGGGAUCAGAAGUGAAGCUAUAUGCAAAUGCUGUACCGAGCAAUGGAAUCAAAACUUCUAAGCCUGUCAAGAUAAAAGCCUUACAAAUCAAAUCCCAAAAUACCAAGCAGAUAGGAAGCCAGCGAAGCGAAGUGAUUAAUUUGCAACCUUGUCUUGUGCGGAGGGAGGCUCUUCUUGGUUUUGGUGCAUCACUCUUGACCAUUCUUGUUGCCCCAGCUGAGUCUGCUGAAGCAAGAACUGUGAAGGUUGACAUGAAGAAGAAAAUACUAGAAAAACUUGAUGAGCUACGGGAGAAGGCAGGGCUGAAAAAAAAGAAUGAAGAUGAGAAGUCUUCGGCUGACAGCGAAGAAACACGAAAAUCACACUCUGAGUUGGCUCAAAAAAGGGAAGGACUUUUGGUGGACGUAGGUUUUUGGGCUUGACUUAAACAGAAAAAGGGAUUGUUUUAAACUUUGAUCUUUAUUUUUCUACUUUUCUUCAAACUGAAAAAGUCCUAAGUUGAUGCAAAUUGAGCCAAGUGUUACUUUCCUCUUGAGGCCAGAACUGUGGAUCGCACUUGAAUGCAUUCUUUUUCAGCACGCUGAAUGGAAGCUGUGAACUCUCCAGUACACCAGUUUAUGUUGGCAACAAUUAGUAUUAGUCCCAAGUUCAAUGAUAUUGUGAAGCAAAUCUAUCUUGGCGCCAUCUUAUUUAAGUAUCUGAUAUUUGGUUUGUGGCAACUAAUCAACAAGAACGAUUUCUGUUAUCUGAGGGGUGCAAGCUUUCUGAAGUGUUAAAGACUCAUCUGAUGAACAUCAUUCUGAAUAGUAGCAUAUUGACAACUUUCUCUCCCAAUAUGUUGGAAUAAGUUUUAUGUCUUAAUCAUGCAUACUUUAGACUCUA